AUGGGUAAUGUUGUUAUUUCGGGGAUUUCCAUCAUUCUUGUGGUGGGAGUCGUCCUCGGCGUUGUUGCUGCAGUUCAUCGUAGUGGCGAUGAUAAUUCCAAAUUGUCUCCACAAAUGAAGGCGGUGUCGAGUUUCUGUUCAUCAACAGAUUACCAAGGAACUUGCCAGAAGACCCUCAGCUCUGUCAACAGCACUGAUCCCAAAGAUUACGUUGCCCAAUCUAUCUUGGCCUCUGAGGAAGCAGUCAAGAAGUUCUUCAACUAUUCUGAUUCCUUGAUCGUUUUGGCCAAGAACGAUAGCCGCACGAAGAUGGCAUUGGAUGAUUGUAAGGAGAUGAUGGACUAUGCCGUUCAGUCCCUUCAAGCAUCGUUCUCCGAGGUGGGUGAUAGUGAAUUGAGAAGCCUUAAUGAGCGAACAGCCGAUCUCAGGACCUGGUUGAGUGCUGUUAUCUCAUACCAACAGUCAUGCUUGGAUGGUUUCGAACAUGACAGCAACAUGAAACAAAACAUGGAAACUGGUAUUGUUGAUGCUAGUGAACUCACAUCAAAUGCCUUGGCAAUUGUGACAAAGUUGUCGGAUACUCUUUCUAAGUUCGGUCUCCAGUUGAAUAUUCCUACCUCCCGUAGACUUCUUUCUGUUGAGAACAAUGGCUAUCCCUCAUGGUUCUCUGCUGCAGACCGCAAGCUUUUGGCUAGGAUUGAUAACCGUAACUUGAGACCAAAUGCUGUUGUGGCUAAAGAUGGCAGUGGCCAGUUCAAGACCGUUGCUGCUGCCCUUGCUGCGGCUCCCAAGAACUCCAGGGUCCGACAUGUGAUCUAUGUCAAGGCUGGAAUCUAUGACGAGUACAUCACCGUGGACAAAGACACCACCAAUAUCCUCAUGUACGGUGAUGGCCCAAGAAGGACCAUUGUAACAGGCCACAAGAACUUCGUUGAUGGCACAUCCACCUGGCAAACUUCUACUUUCUCCGCUAUUGGAAAUGGGUUCAUUGCCAAAUCCAUGGGAUUCCAGAACACUGCUGGACCACAAAAGCACCAGGCUGUGGCUCUUCGCAUUCAGUCCGAUAAGUCAGCCUUCUUCAACUGCAGGAUGGAUGGCUACCAAGACACCUUGUACAAUCAAGCAAACCGUCAGUUCUUCCGCAAUUGUGUCAUCUCUGGAACCAUUGACUUCAUCUUCGGUGACUCUCCUACCCUUAUCCAGAACUCAUUGAUCAUUGUCAGGAGGCCAUUGGAUAACCAACAGAACACAGUGACUGCACAAGGCAAGACCAAUGCUAAUGAGAACACUGGUAUCGUGAUCCAAAACUGCAGGAUUGUUCCCGAGCAAAAGCUCUUCGCUGACAGGUUCAGGUUGCCAACAUACUUGGGCAGGCCAUGGAAACAAUUCUCUACAACUGUUAUCAUGGAAUCCACCUUGGGAGACUUCAUUAAUCCAGAGGGAUGGUUGCCAUGGGCUGGAAGCAAUUUCCUCAACACCCUCUACUACGCUGAGUACAACAACCGUGGCCCUGGUGCCAACACCGCCAGGAGGGUUAACUGGAAGGGUUACCACAGGAUCGACAGGAAAACCGCCAUGAGCUUCACCGUUCAAUCAUUCCUUUUGGCUCGUGAAAACUGGUUGCCCUUCACUGGCAUUCCUUUCACUGCCGGGUUGAAAUAUUGAAGACAUUUUAAUGGCGAAAAUCAACAGCACAACAACCUACAAAGAAAAGAACUUUACAGUGGUCUCUUAGAAA